GAUGUUCGGUAGCAAGAAGCACCCCCGAUCGGCCCCGGGGUACCUGGUACGCCCCCGUUUAGGGGCCGUGCGAAACCUCUACUCUACCAGGCCGCUGGCCGCGGCUUAUGGGAUAUUGGGAGACAAGAGAAAGAAGAACAAGAAACCUUCUUCUCCAAAAAUGGAUUGGCGCGUAAGGCAUCCCACCUACGUAGACAUCGCUUAUCGUGAGUCCGUGGAACGCCUUAGAGUGAUGUUAGCCGAAAGUUACACGCCAUCGCGGAGAUCAAUGCGCGACUUGGACAGCGCUGGAGAAGAAACGGACAACCAAUCGCAACUGAGUUGCGGAAGUCGUGGUAGCAGAUUUGGUAGAGGGUACUACAAUUAUCUUUAUAAUCCUAUUACGCCUAGAAAGUACUACUUCCCGUCCAGAAGCUAUACUGUUGGAGGAGCAACUACAGAAAAAACUAUGCAAGACCAGCCAAAAACAGAGGCAUCUUCAGCUCCACCGGAGCUCAUGUCCUUCAUAGAACGACAGGAAGAAUACAUAGAACAGCUGGAAAAGGAAUCCAAAUUUUGUAGAGAAGAACUAGCUACUCUCUUGAAUAAAGUCAAAGACGUGAUAAGCGAAAAUGAAAAUCUGCAUGAAAGGCAAAAAUCUAAAUUGAUCAAAUCAGUCUUCGACCACUUGGAGACUGAAACUGAAACGGAGACUGAAACCGAACCUAGAAAGGUUUUGAAAUCGCCGAAGAAAUCCAAAAGGUCUACUCUACUGGAAGGUCCUCCAAUUGUAUUCGAAUCAAGGAUAUCAGAGCUAGAAGCACAACUAACUCAAGCUAAAAUUGAUCUUAAGAAAGCUCAGGAUGAAAACGAAACCUUGAAAAGAAAGAUAAACGAUGGAACUAUACUAGAAGGUGUUGGGUAUGAGUCGUAUAGGAAACAAAUUGAUUCUUUACAAAAAGAAAAGGACGCCUUACAGGAUUCGGUCCGGCAAUUACAAAAUACGUUAUCUUUAUUCAAAGACAAAGAAAACGAUACAGUAGAUAAGGUGAAGAGGAGCCUAGACAUAGCAGAACAAGCACAAUAUGAGAAGAAUGCUGCUGAGGCAGAAAUACGUAGAUUGAAAGACGAAUUGGAACGUCAACAUUUGAAGCUAAGAGAUGCCAUUUCAGAUCAGAGCAGGAGAAUAGCAGACGAAAGAUCUGCAGCUGAAAGAAGGUAUACUCAGCAAAUAGAGCAGCUGACAGCAGAGCUUGGGGUGCAGUGGGAAUCAACAAAUAAGCUGCAGCUGGAACUGGACAAGCAAAGAAGAGACAAUUCUGAUUUGCGCAGGGAGGUGGCUCAGAAACAGGCACUGAUCGAUGACUUGAAGAAGGACAUGCAAAGCAAAAUAAUUAAUCUCCAGUCAGACAUAGGAGCUACUGGUGCAGAAAAGAGUGCUCUGGAGCAACAGAUAGCGACACUCCAAAUGGCGAAUGAAAGGACAGAGAGGCAAUACAAGCAGGAAAUUACUCGACUAGAAACCGAAGUGCAAUCUUUCAGGCAAAGAUUAGAUAGAGCUGACGCUGAUUUGAUACACAGUCGUAGGGAAAAUCUCAGAUUGAAUGAACAGAUUGCUUCGCUUCAAAAAGAGAUAGCACUGAGCGCUGCAAUCUCGGAUGAAAAAAGUAGAACUCCAAGAAGCUCUGAAACUAUAGCUUUGCCUCCACCAAAAAGUGAAAGUCAUGACAGAGAAAAAGAACUCACGUCAAUGAUACGAAAUAUGGAAAGCAAGCAUGCAUCAACGGUCGCAGAGCUAGAACAAAUGAUCUACUCCCAAAAUCAACUCAUGGACAAACUGUCUAACGAAUGUCAAGCGCUCACCCACAAACUGGAAGAGGCCAGCGUAAGACAUAAGGAUGGAGCUGGAAAAAACGAAAAACGAGUGCGAUUCGCUGACAGUCCAACCAACCAAACGCAAGGAACCGAUAAAAGUUGAUAUCAGUGUCAAAGUGAUACCAAAACCACGAAAGAGUUGACAGGACAAAAUUGCGAGCAAAAAAUCUCGAACUUAUGAUGAAAUUGGAAGCAGUAUGGGAGUUUUUGAAGAAAUCUCAGAGCGUCACGGAGGAUGUAGUUGAAAUCCAACAGAUAAGGGACACCCUUCGAAUGGCGAUAGAGGCAACACAAGAAGAACUCCACCAGUCGCAUCCAAACCCGAACAACCCGUCAGGCUGUCUCCCCGAAAUGAAGAACAAGCCGUGAACAAAAAACGAUCAUCUACUACUCCUAAUCAAGGCCUAUCAAGACAAAAUAGCCGCGACAAAACCAACUUGCCUCCUUCGCCCUUACCAGAUCAUAGUCAAACAUCUCCACCUGAACAGCAACACUCAAAAGACAACAGAGAGUCUCCACAACUAUACGCACAAAGCCCAAAUGGGAGAAAUGAACCAGUAGAAGCGGCGUACAACCGCGAUCAACAAAGUACUCAUGAAUAUAGUCCGACCCAAAGUCAGUACGACACUAAGCAGCCAAUACAGGAGCAGUAUGACGAAAAUCAGUACAAUCAAGCUACUGCUCAGUAUGUAUCACCUCAGUACGAUGGUUCUCAACCAGUACAAAGCGAAUAUGACGAAAGUCAGUACGCUCAAAGUCAAGAGCAUUUUGAUUCAAAUCAGACCCAGUUCGAUCCCAAUCAGCAAUACGUACAAAGUGCUGAACAAUAUGACCCAAACCAGUAUGAAGGGUACGAUCCAAAUCAGUACGAACCAAACCAGACGUAUGACCCCAAUCAGUAUGACCCUACCCAAUACGAGUCUGGACAGCAGUAUCAGCAAUAUGAAGGGGAGCAGAAAUAUCAGGAAGGACAGUAUGCUAAAGAGGAAAGUUAUCAGAACCAAAGUGAUGGUACUGCUGUUCCAGACGGAAAUAAGGGCGGAGAACAGUGAAUUUGUAAGUUGCAGGUGGAGAUACCUGAAUGAGUGCAAUGGAUUAUGUGCAAUAUUGGCAUUGUUGCAAAGGUUAGGAACCUUUAACGGAAAUAGGCGAAACUCCAAGGAAUACAAAUAUUAUUUUGUAGACUAUUCGGAAAUAUGUCAUUUUUGCCUUCCUCAUUUACUUUAGCAAUUUUUCAAGAGACCUGCCAACGCAUUUUUGUGGAGUUACCCUUUUCUAUGGGCAUGUUUAGCAUACGACUUUUUAACCAGUGCGAAGGGUGCUUUCCCCUAUCUCUGUUUCAUUUUAUCAUUGAGUAUGAUUUGUAAAAUGACCAACAAAAACGUUUCUCUAUGUCAAGCUUCUUUGUCAGGGGACAUUUGCUAGAUAAGUAAUUGAAUUUUGUUUACUUUUUACGGAGCUCUGUGAACUUUUUGCAGUUCAAAAUGACGUUCUCGAAUCUGUAUCGUAUCUGUCAUCAUUUUUAUAGAAUUUGGUGAAAAAUGAAACCAGACUAAUUAUUUUCCGAAUUCUAUUUCUUAGAGCAUCAUAAGUACUCAUAUAGUACCUAUUCUUACUCAUUCAACUACUUAUAUUGUAAGCUCAAACAUUUUCCACUAGACAUAUAAAUCGAAUAUCAAUCGUAUCAAGUUCUGAAUUAUUAGAAAGUGGAUUAUGAAUAGGUAAUCCAUUUUUCACUUAUUUCAUGUGGUCUGUUU